GAUCUUUCACUCAAUGCGCAACCCUCCACUACAAUGAGAGGAAAUCACUCGCAUUUGCAACCAAAUUUCACACUACACGACUAAAGUGAAUAUAUUUGGUAACUGGCUGGUAAAUGUUUACAUUUCACUCACCAGUAAUUGUGUAGUUUUAGUUGUGAAGUGUUCAGUAGCGAGAUCCUUUAACAGCGUGUUAAAGUUGUUCCGUGUAGUGUGUGUCCAAAGAGGAGAUCCACGCAUCCCAUUUGUCAUUGAAUACUGUCUCUUUUAAUACUCUCUGUUCUUUACAGUCAGUUAUUGAUCAAAAACAACUACAAAAAAACAAUUAAUUCUAAUCAUGCAUGGCACAUAUGAGGUAAAGCCAUUCGAGUCCUCUCUAGUUAACAUGCACUUAUUUAAAGGCACUGUUUACAUAAAUGCCAUUUUUUUGUUAAAGAGACAGUACUGGUUUUAGCACGUGUUCAACAAAUCAAUGUAAAUACUUGUAAAUAGUACAAAUAAUGCAGUUUAACAAUAAAUAUGUAACAAAAAUAAUAUAUGAAUAUAAUAUCUUAUUUAUUGAUUGAAUACAUUUAUUUGUUCAUUUAAAAAAAAGCCAAAAUGUGAACAAAAUGAAGAAAAAGUAAUCAAAUAUAAUUAGUAAAAUUAAUACUUUCCUUAUGAACCUUGUUAAAAGUCCCCUGUAUAAUUAACCGCAUUAGCUGGGAGAGAAUGUUUUUUAUAUGUAAGCAAAAGGGACAUUAUAACUGAAAUAAAUCAAUAUUAAAUCAAAUCUAAAUCGAAUAUAUUUCAGAGCUUGUGAAUUGGAAUCAAACUGAAUUGGGAAAUCUGUAUCAAUACCCAGCCCUAGUCCAGUGGUAUCACUCUUAUUUAGCAUGUAAGGGGACCAGGGUUCAAAUCCAGGGUUCAGAUUUCUAGGCUGCGAUUUGCAGAGACAAUCCCCUGGGGCUGUAUUCGAGCCCAGCUGUUUACACUGAUCUGUUAUUUUCCAUCUAAUGAGUAGCACACAUCCAUAUACACGUGCAUAAUAUAUACACGUGCAUACACAGGUCGAAACUCAUUCUGCUGACAUCCUCUCUGUGGGCCUUUCAGCAGACUGUGCAAAAUAUUCAUGUGAAGUCUCAAACUCAAUAUAGGCGUUUGUUCUACAUCAUGACUGACAUCUACACCAGAGGCAGAUUAGGACUGUUGCCCAUGAUCUGGGAUGAACAGGAACAUACUGAAUGUACCAUUAGGAGAUGCAACAGAGAUUUGAGGUUUCUUAGUGACAAGAAAGAAAUAGAAAGACAGCUUCUUAGCCUUGAGAGAGUUGGUUGGUUUUAAAUAAUGCUCUUUGUUGGGGCCUGGAUAGCUCAGCGAUUAAAGAUGCUGACUAUCACCCCUGGAGUUGCAAGUACGAAUCUGGGGCAUGCUGAGUGACUCCAGCCAGGUCUCCUAAGCAACCAAAUUGGCCCGGUUGCUAGGGAGGGUAGAGUCACAUGGGGUAACCUCCUUGUGGUCGCAAUAAUGUGGUUCUCGCUCUCGGUGGGGCGCGUGGUGAGUUGUGCUUGAAUGCCUUGGAGAAUGGUGUGAAGCCUCCAUACGUGCUACGUCUCCGCGGUAACGUACUCAAUAAGCCAUGUGAUAAGAUGCAUGGAUUGACGGUCUCAGACUUGGAGGCAACUGAGAUUCGUCCUCCGCCACCCGGAUUGAGGCGAGUCACUACGCCAUCACGAGGACUUAGAGCGCAUUGGGAAUUGGGCAUUCCAAAUUGGUGAGAAAAGGGGAGAAAAUAAUAAAAUAAAUAAAUAAUGCUCUAUGCAUAGAGCUAUACAUGAAAGCUUUGUUCCCAAGCCAAUUCCAGUGGUGAAAUUUCAUGUUGUGAUAUCUCUUUCUAGCUAUCCAUCCAAGUGAUGUAUUUUUCACUUGAGUGCUGAGUUGUUGUAGAGUGUUGGCAUUGAUCGAUUACUUUUUGCUUGUUGUAACAUGAGCCUGUUUGAACUGUAUGCUAGAUGUUUACCCAUGCGUAGAUGAAGGCAAACAUGGCUUAAUAAAAAGAUCUCUCUCUCUCUCUCUCUCUCCCACACACACUCUCUCUCUCUCUCUCUCUCUCUCAAGGUAUUUCAGUCUUAUAACUGUAAAUUUAUUUCAGGGAAUAAUCUCACCAGUCUCGCAAUGAGCACAGACUCUUUCUUCUUUUUGAAGUCAUGUUUGUCUGUGUCUGCCUUGUUCUGUUGCUAGACUAGAGGUCAGUGAGCCUGUAUUUGGUAAGGAUCCUUCUCUACUUCGGAUCUCUGACGAUGGAUGGAUAUUCUGCCAGAUCUCUCUCUCUCUCUCUCUCCCUGUCUAUGCCUCUGUCUUUCUAAUUACUCUAUUGGCUUCUUGGUCUCUUUUUCUUUCCCUCUUUCUGUUUCUCUGUCUCUUCUUUCCCAGGCUCUCCCAAGUGGGCCAAGUUGUUAUUUGCACGUCUUGGGUGCAGAAGGGGAGGGGCUUGCUUGAAGGGGAGAGAGAACUCUCUAGCACUGAAAGACUAGGCUGAAACAUUGAUUGGUUCUCAUACUGUUGCCAUGGUGGCAGGUCGCUCUCCUCAUUGCAACCAAAUGGUGUAUAACUUUUCAUUAGCAUCCCAGAAUCCCACUGUUUUGAUGACAACAGAUAGGAAGUGAGGUAUUGUUAUGUCAGUUAUACUGUUUAAAUGCUUUAUUUUCUAAAACAGUUCUUGGCCCAGAACACAUUCUUCUGCACUGGAGAAUGUCUCAUCAUACAAGAGCUGUCUUGGACAUCGAUUGUGUACUCAUUGCCAGUUUGUGGCUACCUAUAGCCAUCUGUGACAGAGCUGAGGAGCUAAAUCACUCUGAACCUUGUGUCACAAUGUCUGAACUAUUCUGAAUAGUCUACUGAUGAAAAUAAUUUGUCUGUUUCAUUAAUUAAACUUAUCUGUUUCUGUCAGAUCCACAGUUAACCAAGUAGGUGGAGUUGCAGGCCGGAAAUCUCCAAAUGGGGGUGGAAUCUCCCAAAUAGAGUGUGGCUUCUCCAUAAGGGGGUGGUUCAACUUCAAAAGGGGGCUACACCUCCACAGACAGUUAGGUUUAGGGAAAGGGUUAGGUAAGGGGCUCCCUCCCUAUAUCUUUGCUGGCAGUUUGGAGCUCUCGCCCCUUUUUGGAGCUGUUUUUUGGUCUGAUGAGUCCACAUUUCAAAUAGUUUUUGAAAAACCCAGCCGUCGUGUUCUCCGGGCCAAAGAGGAAAAAGACCAUCCAAGCUGUUAUUAGUGUCUGGCCCAAAAGCCAGUGUCUGAAUGGGCCAGGGGUGUGUCAGUGUCCAUGGCAUGGGUAAUUUGCACAUCUGUGAGAACACCAUGAAUGCAGACAGAUAUGUACAAAUUUUGGAGCCAUUUUGGUUACUGCCAUCCAGUACCGUCUUUUCCCUUUUCCCUGCAUUUUCCAGCAGGACAACUUCAAGCCACAUACUGCCCGGAUUACAAGUGCAUGGCUGUGUAAGCAGAGAGUGUGGGUGCUAGAUUGGCCUGCCUGCAGUCCUGACUUGUCUCCAACUGAGAAUGUGUGGUGCAUUAUGAAGCACACCAUACAGCAACGAAGACCCCGUACAAUUGUGAAUGGGGGAAAAUUCCACUUUCUAAACUUAACAAGCUUGUGUCUGCUUAGGAAAUUCCUGUGGAUGGGAACCUCUCUGCAUCCUCUGUCUUCCACAUGACCCCACUCUCCCGCUGCUCUCAGCUCCUUUGAAAACACAUAACAUUCUCCAACCUACACUGUCAGAAUGACAUCCACUCCACAGAUUCUGGCCUUUAAGCUCUCCCCACUCUCUCAGGAUGGGAGUCCAGAGCGUCUGUUCAGCUGUGAUGAGGACUUUGAACGACAGUAUGAGGUGGUUCCGUCAGUCGUCUGCUCCAUGUGUUGUCUCUUUGGCAUCAUCUACUGCUUCUUCGGGUACCGCUGCUUCAAGGCCGUAAUGUUCCUCACAGGUCUAUUGUUUGGCUCCAUCAUCAUUUUCAUGCUCUGCUAUAAGGAGAGGGUCAUGGAUACUCAGCUAAGUGUGGAGGCCAGUGUGGGCAUUGGCCUGGGCAUUGGCACCCUGUGUGGCUUGGUCACUAUGCUGGUCCGCAGUGUGGGGCUUUUUAUGGUCGGACUUCUCCUGGGUUUGCUGGUGGCCCUUGCCUCUCUGGUGGUUCUGGAAGAGUUUUACCACCCACGGACAGUGUGGCUUCCCCUGGGUGUGCUGCUAGGAUCGGGCAUGCUGUUUGCCAUACUCACGUUGCAAUGGCAGCGCUGUUUCACUACCCUCUCCACUGCCGUCUUUGGAUCAGCUGUGGUUACUGUGACUGUGGAUUAUUUUGUCGAGCUGUUCGCUUUGACAUUAUACAUCUACGAGAGGGUGAAGGUGGAUCCACCUCGCCCUGUGUGCUGGUUCACGUGGGUGGUCAUGGGAGUUUGGCCCGUGCUGGCACUGCUUGGUGUUCUGAUUCAGUGGAAGGUCACGGCUGAAGGAUAUUCACACACAGAAGUCUUCAUCAGUCACCAGCAGAGACGAGUGCAGUUAAUGCGAAUUCGUCAGAAGGAAGAAAGGAAAGAAUGUAAAAAGAAGAAAAAAAAGCCACAGACACUGCCACCACAGCAACAAAAGUACCACCACCCCCCUCAGUCCAACCCUCUCCCCCCCAACCCUCCACCCAAACUCCAGCACCCAGAGCCCACCCACCGCCGGAAACCCAACACCAUUCGCCGCUUCGAUGGAGAUGUACUAUCUCCAAGUUACAUCCAGAACUUUCGUGACAGGCGUGUGGACAUGAGGGGCUACUCUCAUGACAGGUUGAUUGGCGGCUCACACGUUGUAGAUUUGGACUAUGACUAUGGCUCCCAAGUGCCCCUAACAGCCCAUACAGGCCCUGCACUGAGAAGUUGAUCCCAUUCCCCUACUGAACAGGAGAUGCACAGCAGCAACCAAUCUGAGAACCAAGAACAUUCUGGCCGGAUCAAAUCAAAUGACUCAAGGGACCAUCAUAGCCGAAUCGUUUUGCCAUGAUCCCAUGCAUUUUUGCUAAGUUAGUGUGAUGCUGGAAAGGUUGCAUCAAAUGGAUCGUUUACCUAUAAUGAGUGUAAUUAUUUGCACACCACUGCCUAGAAGUGCUCUGUUCUUCUGCAUUUAACCAUUUUAUACUGCUAAAGGUAGAUGUGGAACAGAAUGUGUGUCUGCCCCUCUGAGGCUGUACUUCUAUCCAUAAUUAGACUGUCUCCCUCUGUCCAGGAAGAACAGCCUCAUUACCACAGCAGCCAUUUUUAAGAAGGUACAUUAUGUUCAAUCCAAACAUUGGACCAGAUGCGGCCUUGACUUUCAAGCAACUAAGCUGCCAUAAAGCAUGCAUGGGUUCUGCAGGAGAGACUAUUCAUACUAUAUCUAGUUUAAAGAUUCAAACUUCUGUCUGCUCUGUUCAUUUAUAACCUGUUGGACAUGUUUAAGAUAACGUGAUGUUUACAGCACAGGCAGGGAAGUGCGUACCAUUUUAUAACGGUUUCAAAUGGCUUUAUCUGCUCUGUGUCAGGACCUACGCAAUUUCUCUCGAACCAUGUAAGGUGAAAACAUUCUCUAAUCAGCCUGAGCCUAUUGCUGAAACCACAAAUAAUGAAAUGUCCUGUGUGUUUAUCUUUGUCAGCUAAUGCAUGUGGGAAAAAGUGCCACCAUUAAUUAUUUGUGAAGUAGCGAUGCAUUGCUUUUUUUUUUUAAACUCUUGUUAGAUUUCCCAUUUAUAUCCAUUUAAGGCAUAGUUAAAAGUAUUUAGGGACUGUUUGCGUGGCUCCCAGUUAAAUCUCAGGGGCUGUGACAGCAGGGGGGAGGCCUAACAAUGUAACUGUGAACACUAAGAUUUUGUAUGGAUGACUAAAAAAGUGUCCUUGUCUACAGUGAGAGUUUUGAAAGUGACUGAGGGACUAAAGAAAGAUGCCUAGGAAGGAUGGAAGAGAUUUAGAAUGGUGGGAUAUUGUGUAUUCCUGUGUGUCUGUAUGUGUAUUUGAGUUUGUAUGCAGAGAGAGAGGAUAUUUUGUGCGUGGUGUGUGUAUGUGUAAGUGUGUUGAAAGCAUUUGCGCAUACUGUGAGUCUGUGGAAGAUUGGCAGCAGGGUUAAGUCUUAAUUUCUGAUUUACCUUUAUAUUUGGAUGCAGAGUGAUUUCACACCCAGUUUCUCCUCUCUGUUUAUCUGGGCUGUAAGAGCAGUGAAGUCACAGUCUAAUCUCUUGCUCACUCUGGAGUAGUGAAAGUGCUCAAAGGCUUAAAUUCCUUUCUGUUUACCAUGUCUUUUAAAGGGACAGCUUGGAUCUCUUGUAAAUUUGUGUACAUUUUAUAUAUAUAUAUAUAUAUAUAUAUAUAUAUAUAUAUAUAUAUAUAUAUAUAUAUAUAUAUAUAUGCUAACAAUUCUGUAUUAUUGCUAGUGCUUUGAUUAAUAUUUUUCUUGUUUUUUUCUUUUUCUUUCUAAUCAGUGGUUACAUCUGUGUACUGAAGAACUGUCAUUUUGACCAAUGUGUCAUAUUGAUAGUCAUUUGUAAUUAUAAUUUAUUUCUAAUUUAUUAGAUAAGGACGUCAAGUGGAACUCUGUGUGUAAUUAAAUGGAUGU